AUGGAAGUUCUACAAGAACUUGGCUGGAAACUUCUAUUUCCUAUUGAUUUCGAGUCGCAGCGGUAUACAGCGGCUAUAUCUUCCAAAUUAAUUGCUGUGGGGACUGUUUUGGGUUGUCUGUUAGGAUAUUUUACCAAUUGCUGCUUAAUGACGGUGUAUACUUUUGGGGCUACUUAUAUUUUAACCCUACUAAUUGUUGUACCAGCUUACCCAGCCUACAACAAGAAACGCGUGAAUUGGGUUGGGAGUACUAGUGUAAAUACCAAACGUUUAUAG